UUCAAAAACUAUGUGAAUAAAUUACGAAGCAAGACGACAUCGUAUAAGAAGAAACGUGCUGAAAUCGACGAUUUGAAAGGAGAGAAUACGAUUCUGGCGAGAACACAAGACAUAUUGAAAGUAAAAUGGAACUCGUUGAAGGAACGCAUUGAAUCGAGUGGUUGUACGAUAACUGAACUGAAUACGGCUUCGGAUCAGUACGAAAGACCGAAAACUGCAAAGCCGUCGAGUGAAAAUGUGGACGAAUUGAAGCGAAUGAUCAAAGAACUGAGUGAUCGAAUCGAUGAGAAGAAAAACGUCAAUACCGAGCUAAAUGAUAGUUGCAGUCAAUUGAAUAGUGAAUUCCUGGUUCGUUUUAAUUUCUGCUAG